AACACGAGCGGCGUUCCGAUUCUACCCACCGCCGAGGAUCACCCACACAUAACUCGGUUCUGUUCCGUAUCAACUAACUGCUGAGGAUGAAUAUAUUCAGACUCACGGGGGAUCUUUCGCAUCUGGCGGCUAUCAUCAUCCUGCUGCUGAAGAUAUGGAAGAGCAGAUCAUGUGCAGGUAUAUCAGGGAAGAGCCAGGUUCUGUUCGCCCUGGUGUUCACCACUCGGUACCUGGACCUCCUCACCGCGUUUAUCUCUCUGUACAACACAACCAUGAAGGUUGUCUACAUCGGAUGUUCCUACGCCUUGUUGUACCUGAUCUACGCCAAGUUCAAAGCCACGUACGAUGGCAACCAUGAUACAUUCAGGGUGGAGUUCCUGGUCAUUCCAGUAGGUGGACUGGCUUUUCUCAUCAACCAUGACUUCUCUCCUCUGGAGAUCCUCUGGACGUUCUCCAUCUACCUGGAGUCGGUGGCCAUCCUCCCUCAGCUCUUCAUGAUCAGUAAGACGGGAGAAGCCGAGACCAUCACCACCCACUACCUGUUCUUCCUGGGUCUGUAUCGGGCGCUCUACCUCAUCAACUGGUUCUGGCGCUUCUACUUCGAGGGCUUCUUCGACAUGAUCGCCAUCGUGGCGGGCGUGGUUCAGACCAUCCUCUACUGCGACUUCUUCUACCUCUAUAUAACCAAGGUGCUGAAAGGAAAGAAGCUGAGUCUACCGGCGUAAGCGGGAGGACCGAGAGCCCCGGGGGCCCCGCGCUGGGGCCGCAGGACGCCCCCGAUGUCAUGUACGACCAGUAAGAUGCUUGAGGAGCGCAGCAGAGAUCCACGUCUGUUUUCGGACCGACCACGCCCACGUCUCCAGGUCUGGGAGAGUUCUGAAUCCGGACGGUGGCGCCGCUGCACCUCCUUUAUUAUUUAUGUUUUAUUAUUAGACUUAAAGAUAAAAAUUCUACUGAAGUUUGGUCUGUGGUGAUACGACGCCUGAAAUACGGCUCUGUGAGACGGGUGACGGGUUUAAAACUGGGGAGGUGUGCUGUAUUUUCUGGAAAAUAAUUAUUUUUUAUUAAAUGAUGUGAACUUUCUAUUUUUUUCUAUUUUAUUUCUGCAUUUUCUCCUUAAUUUAUUGUACUCAGUUUGUCUCCCCCUGCUGGUGGAUCCCUGAUUGUAGGUGAGGAGGGUGUAUUGCUGCUCACGCCUCCUCCGACCCGCCCGCAGCCCUUAGCGGAACCCUUUUCCACCUCUCUAUCUGCCAAUCAGGGUCCUUACACAGCGUUUAAAGACCCCGCCCACAUAGUCCGGUCAUCCCACCCAAGCAGAAACGUGUCUGCUUCAGGCACUGCCGAUUACGCCCGCUAGAUGGCGCCCAGCCGACCGGUUGCAACACCGAGUUUCAAAGCGAGGAGUUCAGAAUCUCGGCGCUGGUGUGCUAGUGGAAUGCAUGACCCUAAUGUAGGUGUAACACGCCCACAAACAUUCACCACUAGAAGAAGCUUAAUCUUAAUAAUGAAUGUCUAAUUAUUUUGCCUGAUGAGCCUGCAGAUCGGAUCCCGAUAAGGACUGUACCUAAAGCUCUCGCUCAGGAAUCGAUCCUGAGAUGAAACUGAAGCGCAGCAUCACGGUAUCGGUGAUAUAAAUCAUCAUGAGGGAUUAUUCUCUGGAAAAUACGGCACAUUUUACUUUACUAAACGAAUCUCUGCAGCUGUAAUCGAGUCUUUAACCAGGUGAACGCUCUCCACACUGUAGGGUCAAAAGUAUUGGGACGCCCCUUUCGGCAUGUGGUGGGGCUUGAACCAGCGACCUUCUGAUUACUAGUCCAGUACCUUAACCGCUAGACUACGGCUUGCCUUUUUAUCCCAGAGCUUUCAUGUCAGCCCCACUCAACAGCUCUGAGAUGAAUUGGACAAGCUGUACAGAUGCUGACACAAAUCCCCACAGUCUGGUGAGAAGCUUCUCAGAAGUGCGGGUCACUCAGUUUUAAUGCUGUUUGUUUCUGGAACAGGACGUUCGCGUUCGUCAGGCGUCCGAAUACUUUUGGCUCUACAGUGUAUGUGAUGUGGUGGUCAGCAGGUAUCUGUGUAAUAACGUGUAAUAUUUACACACUGACGAUUUCUCCGGUGAUUAAUGAUUUAUUUCGCUGUUGAGGCGUUUUAUUCACCUGAAUCCUUUAUUAUGAAAUAUAAUGAUUAAAGUCGCAGGUAAGAAUUAAUUCUGUGCAUUAAACAGAGAGUGAUUAUUAUUUUUAUCUUUUAAUGUUGCCCUUCUUAUAGAACAUGAUGUUUUAAUGAAUUAAUAAUAAAAUAAUGAGCAUUAUUGAAGAGAUAAAUAUGAGACCGGUUAUUAAGUUUUUAUUAAGUAUUUAUUCUUGUUUCCCGAGUCCUGUCAGGAUGAUGAACACUCUUUUGCGUUUGUAAUUCACUGUUGCAUGAAGUUCACUGUAAAUGAAGGGGGGUUUUUGGGGAGGAGACGCGGUGUUUCCUGUGUGGUUUGAUGUGGCUUUUACUGGAAUGAAGUUUAUACAUAAUCACUAAUAAAUAUUUUAUAAACCUGAA